GUCCUCACGCCCACGGCUGUUCAUUUCAUGAUGGCAGCGAACAGUACCAGCGGCACGGGAGGUAAAAGUAGCGGAGGAAAGCAGUCCGGACCAUCUGCUGAGCAGGUGGUGGCUACGUUCCAGAGGAUGCGGCAGGAGCAGCGCAGUAUGGCCUCCAAGGCUGCAGAGCUGGAGAUGGAGAUCAAUGAACACAGCCUAGUCAUCGACACCCUGAAGGAUGUAGACCCCUCACGGAAGUGCUACCGUUUAGUUGGAGGUGUGCUUGUGGAGAGGACUGUUAAAGAAGUCCUGCCUGCACUGGAAAACAAUAAAGAACAGAUAUCAAAGAUUGUGGAGUCACUCAAUACGCAAAUGCAAGCAAAAGGACGAGAGCUCACAGAAUAUCGGGAACGUUACAACAUCCGAUUGGUUGGUGAAGAUGACAAACAGGGCAAAAACACCACCAGUCAAGCCAAAGAGAGUGAAGGAGGCGGGUCUAAAAGUGGAGCCGGAGUCCUUGUUUCUUAGUCACUUUAGGUGCUAGCUGUUAUAAACUUGCUUGAUGGAAUUGAGUUUAAGAGGGCCUGAAUAUUGUGAAAUCACAAUUUUUCAUGUGAAUUUUGUAUAUUCAUAAUAUUGCAUUGUCAGUAUAUCCAAAGUUGCACCUUAGGACAGGUCACCACAUCUGAAGUGGUGUAUUUUUAAGAUUCAUCAGUACAGUCACAAAAGUCCAAAUUAUGGGUAUCUUUUUUGAGUCGUACUUCCUAAUUUCCUAGAAAUGCUUUGUGUAGAAUGAUGUAGAGCGAGGGAAAUAUGCAAAGCCUUCAUUGCUUCAACACACCCAAAGUGUGAACGCAGCUGGGAAUCAGAGUACUUAUUGAGGAACCGCUUUUGCUUUUCAUUCUGUGAGGAACAUUUACAUGCAUGGAAGGGAGCUAAUCCUGCACUGAGUCUCUUACAUUAAUACAUUUGAAUUUAAGGCAUUUUGCUCAGCUAAAGUCACUUCAUUAAACAGACUGUCAAAAAAAGCAAGUUCCACUUUUAACAAUUGUUUUACUAAGGAGCUGGAAGUGUGGGAUAUAACUACACAAUCAGAGUACUUGUGAGGAACUGUGUAGUGUCCACUUUUUUGAGCUGGAGAAAUACAGCCAAUGCAUUGAAAAGAAUACAGUUCAGAAAGUGAAAACAUUGCUUCAGUUAGGAAUAGAAUAGUGUAUUUUGAUGUUUACGUUGCCCACAUCUUUGGACGUUGACCUACUUGGUCACUCAAACUGUUCUUGUGUCAGAGGAGUUUUUUGUGUUUUGUCUUCUUUUUUUUUUUCUUUUUUUUGGUUAAUGAAAUAAAAAAAAAGUUAAUUUUCCC